AAAAAACCCAAUAAAUCUCGCCCUCGUUGCCUCCCCUCCCUGCCUACCCCCAUCUCCACCUCCGCCUCCACGCGUCGCCGCCGCCGCCGCCGCCGCCGCCGCCGCCGUCCGGGCAGUCGACCGCUGCGGCGCCGUCGGAGCUCCCCGGGCCCCGUGGAUGAGAGCGGCGCGGAUAAGGUCGCCGCGGGCCCGCUUCGUCUGCACCCGUCUCGGCCCCGGGACCCCACUGGGCUGGAUCUAGGUUUGGCGAGGGGGGUUCUGGAAGCCUCCGCCGCGAUGGAGGCGGAGGAUGCCGCCGGCGGCGGCGGCGACGGAGGCCGGUACUUCAAGGCCGACCUCACCGGCGCCGGCGUCGUCCAGCUCAGCGAGCGCGUGCGGGAGAAGCUGCGGGAGUUCGUGGACGACUACACCAACAACACCCUCGUGGAGUACGUCAUUUUGUUGCUCGAAGGUGGAAAGCGCAAAGAUGAGGCCAUCAAGGAGCUUGAUGUAUUUCUGGGAAAGGAUAGUCGCGCCUUUAUUUCCUGGUUGUGGGAUCAUUUAUCUGUAAAUUUGCACCUUUAUGUGCAAACACAAGAACAACUGCAGGUGGAUAAUAAGGAUGACGAAGCCCCAAAUGAACUACCUGGAGAACAGAAAUCGUCAGAGUUGCAGUUGAGAAGCAAAGAUCAAACUCAUCCUGAGUGUGUAAGUGAACCCAGUACAACCAGAAGUCGGACUAAAAGGGAUUGGAAAGGAAUUGGUCGGGAGGGUAAUGAAAACUUUCCACUUAGAAGUGUACUGAAGGAUAUUUUGCAUGGUGAGGAGAAAAGGUCGCAAAAGGUUAAUGAAAUACGACAUCCCCCAUCGUCUAAUCAACGGAAUGGCAGAAAGCGUGACAGGGAUGACGAACCGCAACAAAUAAAGAGAGACUUGCCUUUGCGCCGUGACGUUGGUGCCUCCUGCCGUCUUCUAAAGUUUGCUGUUCGAGAUGCUGUGAAAGCUGUACAGCAAACCAGCAGCUCUACGGAACCAUCUUCUAAGCGCCUACGUUCUGUGGUUUCCACAUCAUCUGCAGACAGCCUGCAUGGUAAAAGAAUAGAAACAUCUACAGAGGGCCACCUGUAUGACAAAAAGCCAGAAAGAACUAGGCAAAUUCUUCAAGUACCUGGAGCUGCUUUAGCUCUCAGAGCUGCCGCAGAGGCUGCUGCAGAUUCUACCAAAGUUAGAUCUACUGGAAGCGUGUUUAGUCGAUUAGGCCAAGGGAAUGCUGUGAAUCAGACACCCCGUUCUCGUGAACAGCAGAGAGAUUACGAAGAUUUCAAACCAGCUACAACUGCAGAUGAUCAUGAUUCUGAUCGAUACGAUAAUGAUGAUGAGAUAUCCGGAGACAUAACAUUAGAAGAUGGGGAAGCUGAAAUGAAUGUUGAUUCUACAUCUGAUGAUGAUGUUAGCAGAGAUGAUGGAAUCACUAGAUAUGGAAGUUCCGAUUCACAAGUAGCUGCUUACCCUUCAGUUGUGGAGAAGAAAGAUGUUUUCGUGAAAUGCAGUGUUGAACCAGAGACCAGUACAAUGAGGCAUUCAAACUUGAUUAAGGAGGAGCAACCAGGUUCUUUGUCAGUAAUAAGUAUGAGCAAAACUGUGGUUGUCCCAGUUAAUGCCAACAAUCUGGAACCUUCCAAUUAUGAGACACCAAAAGAUGUUCAUGUUGUAGAGAAAACGGACAUUACACCCAUGAAUGCUACUGUUACCUCUCUGACUAGUAAUAUCAAAGAACUAGCUCAUGGAGAAGUCCAAAAGGAUUCACAGCGAUCUGCAAUUGCAUCAUCUGUUACGAGUUCAUAUAGCACUGCACACCCAACUGAGGACGCAGACUCUAGAACCCUCUAUGUUAGCAAUGUUCAUUUUGGUGCCACCAAGGACGCGCUAUCUCGCCAUUUCAACAAGUUUGGUGCGGUGCUCAAAGUAGUUAUUGUUACUAAUGCAGCAACAGGGCAGCCAACAGGAUCUGCUUACGUAGAAUUUUUACAUAAAGAAUCAGCUGAACGUGCUCUUUCAUUGAAUGGAACAUCAUUCAUGGCACGCAUCCUCAAGGUUGUCAGGCGAAGUUCUCAUGAAGCUGCACAUUUUUAUGGUUGGCCUGGUGGUGGGCGAACAUCAAUGUAUGCCAGGCAUGGUAGAAUGGCAUACCCAAGGGGUGGCCUCCCUGGUAGCACCUUCAGAGGGCGUGCUCCAAUGAUAGCUGGUGCUAGAAGUUUACAAUGGAAACGGGAGCCUUCAGUUACUGAUUCAAAUACAGGUGCAACCGUGGCACUGCCUUCUGCUGAACAGGUGCUUCCUCCUGCCACAUAGGGGAGAUGAAUUAUAGUUUAUAUGAUGAGAACCAAAUUGGUGCCUAGCCCAUCAUACAGCAUAUUAGAAUCAGCAUAAUAAGCUUGGAAGAUGGUUUAUGGAAAAAAAUGCUGCUUUGUAAAAAAGGCUAAAAGCAGGAAAAUACAAAAAAAGAGAAGAAAAUAAGAAAAGAGGAAGGAGUUUGGAGCCAGAAUUUGAUAAACCACCAUGCUGAUACUUGGAGGUGGUUGUAUUGGAGAUCAAUGAACUGUCGUCACAUUGAGCAAACAGUUUUCUUCAGUCAUCUGAAAGGACUUGCUGAGAUUUGAAAUAACUUCCAUGGAUGAGGAUCAAUUGUCAAAUAGAGCAUUUGAGGGCUAGUUUUUGGACAUGGCAUUUAGUCGGUAGUCUGGGCUCUUCAUCAUUGUAAGCUCCGACUGUACAGCAGUCUAUCUAUUUGUACUCUUCUUAGAACCAGUCCCUUUCCCAACAAAAAAAACAGAAAAAAAGAAAAGGAAAAACAUCUCUCUUUGUUUCUUUUUUGUUUUUUUAUUGAACAUAGUACUGUUUUAUACUUUUAUUCCUUAAUGUAUUGAUAUAAUUUUUUAGUUAGACUUUAGUUUCUGUGUUGAA